CAAAUCUGCUCUGUAGGUAGCAUAUAACUUCGACGGGCUGCACAGCAAGUGCAGUUGCUUGAAACGAACUUUUAAUUUAUAUCUCUCUUAUACAUUGGCGAAAUAUUUUAUUUUGUUAAAUUAACAGGGAAGAAUUCGAACAACGCUUCACGAGUUUUACGAAAGUCACGAUGAUUGAUAAAAAGAAAAGCUUAACUUCUAAAAUUGGAUAUAUCGACCAAUCGCCGACACCAAGCACUCCUCAAACACCUCGUUCGUUUGAUUUGCGACGUUACAAUCAUCAACAACUUCAUCCGAUUCCAAUUUCUCGGUUACCGGGACUUAAUCCAGAUAGUGAUUAUAUCGCGAAAUACCAGCUGAAAGAUUUCCGUAAAUACGGGAUGCAAACAUCGGAUGACACGGAUUAUUUAAAACUUUGCAGAAAUGGUGGAAGAAGAGAUUUGCUGACACAUGACGGAUGUACACCUGAAACACAGAGGCAAAAAGUAGUAGAAAAAGAGAAUAAAAAAGAGAGACCAAAUCAGCUGCAGAUAUCUAUGAAAUCGCCCUCUGCAGCAACACGUCCUAUGAAGGAGAAAAACAGUGAGAUACCUCUUGUUGAUCAAAUCUCCAUUGAUCAACGCAACACACGAAAAUAUAGACGUGAUAUUUUGCCGGUUGACGAAAAAGCUAAACUCUAUUUCGCCUACAACCGAAAUAGCGGCACAAUUACUCGUGUAAUUGCAACUACACCAAAAUCAUUCAGAUUUGGACGAUCGCAUUUAAAAUAACAUGGCUGAAUCAAGAAUUUUCGGAUAGACUUUGAUUAGUGGGAAGAAUAGGUGAAGAUGUAACCAAAUGUCAAAGCUCCUCCGGAGACAAAAAUCUUACCACUAUAUUAUUUAGAUAUAAAACGUAUUUUUAAACUUGUACAUAUUUGCACAAUCGCACGGUAUCGUAAGUUUGACAAAAAAUUUAAAUAUCUUUGCAUUCAAAAAACUUUAUUUU